AUGGCUGAAGCAGCAGUUUCCUAUGUUGCAGAGCGGCUUCUAGAUCUUUCCAGAGAAAAAUUAUAUAUUAAGCAAGAGGAAGAUGAAGCCGCAACAAUCCGCUAUUGGGUAUCUGAAAUCAGAGCAGUUGCCUACCAUGCUGAGGAUGUCAUUGAAAUAUUCAUCCAACAAGUUGAGUCCCAAAAACGUCAAAGUUUCUUCAUCAAGUGUAUCUUCUAUCCUAAGAAACUAUACGGUCUUUACAAAGUAGGGAAAGAGAUUGAAUCAAUUCAGACCAGAAUACUUGAAAUAUCCAACAGUCUUGAAAGAUAUGGCAUCAGGCAUAUUCAAGGUCUCAGAGAUGGGGAAGGUUCAAGCACAACACGUGAGAAGAUGCGUGAACGAAGACUCUCCUCGCCCUUGAUUGCCGAUAAAGAUACUGAGGACAAACGGCUUCGUGUUGCUUCAAUUGUUGGUAUGGGGGGCGUCGGCAAGACGACUCUCGCGAAGGAAGUUUAUAACCAAACUCAAAUCAGAGAAAAGUUUGACAUUCGGGCAUGGCUUUAUGUAUCCCAAGAUUAUAAGCCCAUGAAGAUCAUCAAGGAACUCAUUUUACAACUGGCAAGUCCAGAAGAAGAUAAAGUGAAGAUAGUCGAUACGAUGGACAAAUUGUCACAGGCUGGUUUGGAGGAAAUGCUCCAGAGGCGUUUGAAAGAUACAUGCUAUCUCAUUGUUCUUGAUGACAUCUGGACACAGAAGCAUGGGAUCUCAUUGUUAGAUCAUUUCCUGACAACAAUAAGUCAAGUAGAUUGCUACUUACCAGCCGCAGUAAGGAGGUUGCCUUGCAUGCAGAUGCUCAUACUACACUUUACGAACAUAAAGUAUUUGAGUAAAGAGGAGAGCUGGGAACUCUUUCUCAAGAUAGAAAAUGCCGAGGAUAGAGAGUUUCCACAUGACUUGGUGGGCGUGGGGAAAGAGAUUCUGGAAAAAUGUGACGGUUUGCCACUGGCAAUCACUGUCAUUGGAGGCCUCUUGGCUGGUAAGAGAGUACAACGAAACCUCGAUUUACACCUCGUUGGAAGUCAAAGUUAUGGUGUAUCAGCAAUUUUGGCAUUGAGUUAUAAAGACUUACCUCCCCAUUUAAAAUCUUGCUUUCUUUACUUAGGCCUUCUCCAAAAAGGCAAAGACAUCCCUGUGAGGCAACUCGUGCACAUAUGGAUUGCCCAUGGUCUUAUUCAUCAAAAUGGAGAACAAAAGUUAGAGGACAUCGUGGAGGAUUAUCUAGAUGAUCUCAUUGGCAGAAAUAUGUUAUAA